CUGUGAUCCUGCAGGGGGCAGCAGCACAAACAGGAAGUGAGAAACCUUCAUCUGCUGGAAAUCAACUGCAAGGUUCAGCUGCUCACGUGGUUCCUGAGUGGAAUAAAGAGACGAGCUGCAGCUCCUCAGCUCUCCGCAGGGACCAAAGUCCUGCAGAGAACAUGAAGGAACCAAACAUCUCAGCCUGAAGAGGGGGAGGAGCCUGAAGGAAAAGUCAAGGGAACGUCCAGGAAACAUUCAGUCUCACCCUUUGGAUGCUGAUCUGGUGUUUAAAUAACGCGGUGUGUGGGUUGGAUGUAGAAGGUUCCGUCGGUGGAACCGUGGUUCUCCCCUGCAUCUACAGCGACCCUCUUCCCCCCACCUUCUCCGUCUACUGGAGGGACAAAGACGACCUGAGCGUCCUGGACAUCGUCAAGAGCUCAGAGAAUAAAACGUCUCAGCACCAGAGGUUCAGACAACGAGUGUCCAGCUUCCCCCAGCUCUACCGCGAUGGGAACUUCUCCGUGGAGAUGAAGGAACUGAAACUAGAGGACCAGGGGCCCUACGAGUGUGAGGUCCUCGGAGCCCAGUUCAAGAGGAAGGUCACUCUGAAGGUCUCUGAUGUUCAAAAGGUGUCUCCGACUCGUCCGUCUAAUGCUGCAGCUGAUUGGUCGACCCGCCCUCUGACGCUGAUCUCUGCUCUACUGGUGUCAGAUCAAAGUUCUCCUCGUCUUUGUGGAAUUUUCUUCUCAAAACGUCACUCCAGUUUCCUGUUCUUCAAGAUCGAUGUUUCCCAGCGACACCUGAACGCCUCGCUGUGAUAAACAAGCAGCAUUCCGUGGUUUAACGGUGUAACGUUCAGGACUGGAGCAGCUCCAGUCUGGACUCUGACGGAGCUUCAACCACUUCUCCGGACAUGAACAACUCCUGGAACACAAAACGAUCACUCUGACGAUCAGAGAGCAGCUUGGACACGUCGCCACCUCCUCACCGUUCUCCAGGUCCUCCUGAAAACACAACAGUCUGGCUUUUAUUCUGGAUUUUAUUUUGGGAUUUAUUCUGAUUUUAUUAUGGGUUUUAUUCUAGGUUUUAUUCUGACUUUAUUCUGGAUUUUAUUUUGGGAUUUAUUCUGAUUUUAUUAUGGGUUUUAUUCUAGGUUUUAUUCUGACUUAAUUCUGGGUUCUAUUCUGACUAUUCUGGGUUUUAUUCUGACAUUAUUCUGACUUUUUUUCUAGACUUUUUUCUAGGUUUUAUUCUGACUUCAUUCUGGGUUUAUUCCGAUUUUAUUCUCGGUUUUAUUCUAGAUUUUAUUUUGAGUUCAUUCUGACUUUAUUCUGGGUUUUAUUCUGACUUGAUUCUGGGUUUUAUUCUAUAUUCUGAAUAAAUUCCAGCUAUGGUGAUCACCAGAUAUUAAUGAUUAUUAGUCUCCAUAAUUAAUAUGGAACUGAGCAGGAAUAUUCUUGUUUCAGGUUAAAUAAAUACUAAAGAUUCUAACAAAAGAAAAUCAACCAAACUCCAGUAAAAAAAGCAGUCAAACUUUA